UACUCUCCUCCUCUCUCUCUCUCUCUCCCGCCCCCCUCCCCUCCCUCCCUCUCUCCCUCUCUUGGGGGCUAGUUUGGCAAUUCACGGAGUGGAUUGGAGAAAUGUGGUGAAUUUUUGGAUCAAAUUUGUUUUAGGCUGAUGAUGGGGUUACAAGUAGAGAACAUCAUGUUGCAAUUUGUAGGGUAUCUGAGCCUCGCAUCACUUGAUUUUCGGAACUUGGAAUCUGUAGCAACCAUCACCAGCUUUGCUCUCCCAAUGAUCUCAUGAGAGGUUUUCUUCCCGGCUAUUGUUCUGAUGCAAAAGUAAUAUCUAUAGAAGCUAGAGCGAUGUUAGAUGUUUAUGAUGAUCCCUCAGAGCAGAGGUCCUUGUCUUUGGAUGACACUAGCAGUGCUGAAGAAUCACCAGAUGACACUAGGCUUUCAUUAGAAACCUCCAUUGAUGCGAUUCCUUAUAUUGGCCAAAGAUUUGUUACUCAUGAUGCGGCAUAUGAGUUUUACAGUGAAUAUGCAAAGCGAUGUGGUUUCUCAAUUCGUCGCCAUCGAACAGAAGGAAAAGAUGGAAUAGGGAAGGGACUCACAAGGCGGUAUUUUGUAUGUCAUCGUGCUGGCAAUACUCCUACGAAAGCAUCAAAUGACAAUAAACCACAGAGAAAUCGGAAAUCUUCUCGAUGUGGGUGUCAAGCAUACAUGCGCAUCAGCAAAAGCACAGACAUUGGGGUAACUGAGUGGCGAGUUACAGGCUUUUCUGACCAUCACAAUCAUGAACUCUUGGAGCCUAAUCAAGUGCGCUUCCUUCCAGCCUAUCGCACUAUCUCGGAUGCUGAUAAAAACCGCAUCUUGAUGUUUGCAAAGAGCGGCAUUUCCGUACAGCAAAUGAUGAGAUUAAUGGAGCUAGAGAAGUGUGUUGAACCUGGAUAUUUGCCUUUCACAGAGAAAGAUGUGAGGAAUCUCAUACAAUCAUUUAAGAAGGUGGACCAAGAUGAGGAGAGCAUUGACCUUCUUAAAAUGUGCAGGAACAUAAAGGAAAAAGAUCCCAAUUUCAAAUAUGAUUUCACUAUAGAUGCCAAUAACAGGCUAGAGAAUAUUGCUUGGUCAUAUUCCUCAUCUGUCCAGUCAUAUGAGAUUUUUGGAGAUGCAGUUGUAUUUGAUACAACACACAGGUUAACUGCUUUUGACAUGCCACUUGGGAUCUGGGUUGGCAUGAAUAACUAUGGAAUGCCCUGUUUCCAUGGCUGUGUUCUUUUACGGGAGGAGAAUGUACGGUCCUUUUCAUGGGCAUUGAAGGUGUUUUUAAGCUUCAUGAAUGGAAAGGCUCCACAAACAAUUUUGACUGACCAAAAUAUGUGCCUCAAAGAAGCAAUAGCUAUCGAAAUGCCAAGCACAAAACAUGCGCUCUGUAUAUGGCUUAUUGUCGCAAAGUUCCCAUCUUGGUUUAAUGCAGUUCUUGGAGAACGGUAUAAUGAAUGGAAAGCUGAGUUCUAUAGACUCUAUAAUUUGGAAAGCAUAGAUGACUUUGAGCUUGGAUGGAGGGAGAUGGUCAACUCUUUUGGGCUUCAUACAAAUAGACACAUUACCAAUUUGUUUGCGUUUCGGUCGCUAUGGGCACUGCCAUAUUUGAGAAAUCAUUUCUUUGCAGGAAUGACUACAACAGGCCUAUCAAAGUCGAUUAAUGCCUUCAUUCAGCGGUUCUUGAGUGCACAGACCCGUCUUGCUCAUUUCAUAGAGCAAGUUGCUGUAGCUGUUGAUUUUAGAGACCAGGCUGGGGAGCAUCAAACCAUGCAACAAAAUUUACAGAACAUCUGCCUCAAAACAGGUGCUCCAAUGGAAGCUCAUGCAGCUGCUGUCCUCACGCCCUAUGCAUUCUGUAAGCUCCAAGAUGAGCUUGUCAUGGCUGCCCACUAUGCCUCAUUUCAAAUCGAAGAAGGCUGUUUUCUUGUUAGACACCAUACUAAGAUGGAUGGGGGCCGGAAGGUGAUUUGGAUACCUCGGGAGGAACUGCUCUCUUGUAGCUGUCAUAUGUUUGAGUUUUCAGGAAUUCUCUGUAGGCAUGCUCUACGAGUGCUUUCAACACUCAACUGCUUUCAGAUUCCAGAUCGGUAUCUGCCCAUCCGUUGGCGUCGAGUUAACUCAUUGCCUUCAAAGCUAGUGCAAGCAGCUGCUGCAAGUGAGAAGACUGAGCGGGUGCAGGCUCUGCAAUCUAUGGUCUCGGUUCUUAUAUCAGAAGCAGCCAAAUCAAAAGAACGGAUGGAUAUGGCAUCCAAGGAGAUCUCUAUUCUAUUAUCCCGCAUAAGAGAGCAACCCAUUUCACUGCAUGGUUCAAGAGACUGUGUUCAUAGGAGUUGACGAAUCUACUCUUGCUAGAACUCAUGUUGGCUGAAAAAUAGAAAAAACAGUGCAAGUUGAUAUGGAAGAUGGUUUGGCUUUUGUUACAAGAACAGGGAACUGCAGGAGCGAGAAUACAGUCGGUCUUUGUUUGCUGACAAACACACCGGAGAGCUGGGCGUUUUGUCAAUUAUAAUCAGCAUCUUUCACCAAUUGUGGAACUUUAUACUGUACAUUGCUAUGCAGUUUUGUGGUCUUUAAAUUUGCAAUGCAAUGUUUUAUCUGGCACAACACUUACAGAAUAUCACUGCUUUAUGCCAUAAGUUAAAUUAUAUACAAAACUUACAGAAUAUCAGUGUUCUAGGCCAUCAGUUAAAUUAUAUGAAAGUCAUAUCCAAUUCUUCA